AUGGUGAAAAAUAAAGAAGUGAGCAUUGAAGGAGCUUUGCAUUUGGCACAGAAAGAGGUGUAUACUGAAAAGGAUUCACAGGAUUUGCUAACUGGCUCACAAUUUAACUUCAGUAUCUACAAAUACAAACACUAUCGGUGGCAGAAACGAAUUUUGCAGAUUGAUUUCAACACAAAAACUAUUUUUAACAUUGAAAAAGGAAUUAUUAAGAAACAGUUCCCUUUCUCACAAGUCAAAGCCUGUGAAGAUACUGAAAGGAGGCGCUUCAGCAUUGUGUUUCAUGGGCGACAAGAUUAUGAGCUGGAAGCAGUGUCUCUUGAUGAUAAAAGGAAGAUAGCAUACCUUCUGAGCAGAGUUAUACAGAGCAAUUCAUACAAGAGGCCGGCAGAGUCCUGCUCUGGAAGAGUUGCAGAAUGUGAUGUGAUACAUGAAGGACUGCUGGAUUUGCAGCAAAACGGUUUUACAUCCACUGAAUGGGUGAAGUACUUGGUGCAACUACGUGAAGGAGAAUUGACUUUAUAUUGCAUAGGUCUGGGAGGAAAGAACAAGACUGCAGACCCUGUAACAAAUACAAUUAAUUUGUCAGGUGGUAAUGUGAGUGUCAGCAAGGAGAAUGGAUGCAGAACCUUUUCAGUUCAGACCAAAGAACACAAUUAUUUGUUUCGAAUACCCUUUACUGUCCAAAAUAACAGGACAGAGAAUGUUAGCAAGCUCCAGAAUGAAUGGGUGUCUCUCAUAGAAAGGUACUGUCAGCUGUGCAAGGGUGCCUCGCUGCCUCAGGAGGGAUCUCAAGGAUGCAUCUCCUCAGAAGCUGAUUAUGAGGAUUUUACUGUACCUCUGAACGAACAGAAAGAGGAGGCUCUCUACGUUUGUGUGAGUUCUACAACAACCAGUCUGAACAAGUCUUCAAGACCUCAGACAAAGCCCGCAGAGGGGGAAGCAGCCCCAGCAUCACCACCUCUUCCACUUCCCAUAAGUAAGGCAGAGGUACCACCAGCCCCACCUGCAUUCCCACCACCCUGCAGCCUCUCUCCAUCAACAAAGAGAACCAAAGCCUUUCACUGGGAUGUUGUUCCUUGUGAUAAGAUUCAAAAAUCUGUCUGGGGAUCAUGUGACCCCUGCAAGAAAAAAAUAGAUGUAUCCAGACUCUGUGAUGAGUUCCAGAUCCAGGACAUGGCAGUAUUUUUGGGCAACGAACCUUCAGUGAAUCAGCACAUCAUGUUAGAUCGAAAAGUUGCACAUAACUUCAGUGCUGCAAACCACAGUUCUUAA